CCAUCCCUGUCGCGGUCCGUGCGCAUCCACCGGAACUUUUUGAUUUUUUUUUUCGGUCUCCAUUGGCCUGUCUCUUCUCAGAAGCCUCUCCAGGCAACAGACAAAUCGUGCCCUCACCAGCACUCCUCUCCCACCCCAUCUCGACCGACAGCUGUCCCUGCACGCUUCUCUCCCGCUGCAAUGCCUGCCGUCGUAGCCUCGCGCCCCCGCGACUCCGCAAAAGCCGCGAAACCCGCCCGCGAUGCCGUGCCUCCUGCCAAAAAAGCAAAGCUCUCCCAGUCCACUUCCUCUCCCCGCCAAAAUGGUCUAAAGUCCUUGAUCGCUGGCCAAAAACCUUCUGUUUCCGCCAAAACAAAUGGCUCGAAGCUCGCCCGCAAAGACAAGGUCCAGGACGCGACCGCUACCGUCACCGGGGGUCAUGCAGGUCAUGGUGACGUCGACAUGGCAGACGUGGGGGACCAGAUCAUCGAAAUAAGUAGUGCCGAAGAAGAGAGCGAGUAUUCGAGCUUGGACGAGCAAGAUGAGGAAGCUGGAGCACAAGACGAUACCGAAUCAGCUGCCGCAGACGGUCCGGUGCGCGACAAUGAAGCCAGCCCCGAGCCCGAAGACAUGUCGUUUGGGGACCGUCUUCGUGCGCAAGCUCCUGACGGCAUCGAUCGCGCACCGCAAAUUGUUGAUGUUGAGUCCACCUUUGCCGGGCCCAAUGCCGAUUCCAGGGCGCUGGAGACAGCAACCAUCAGUCAGCCACUCGCUGCACCAUCCGCUACCUCGUUGGGCACUGUUCUCACCCAGGCGCUACGGACCAACGACCAAGAAUUGCUCGACUCAUGUUUGCGGGUAAACGACGUUGAAACUGUGUACGCUACCGUCGACCGUCUCCCAUCCCCGCUGGUGGUAAUCCUUCUACAAAAACUCGCUGAAAAGCUUCACAAACGACCUGGCCGUCCAGGCAUGCUCAUGGUCUGGGUGCAGUGGUCGCUCUCUGGCCACGGAAGCUAUCUUGCGACUCAGCCGCAGCUCGUCAGGCAACUUGCAACCUUGAACAAAGUACUCAGGGAGCGAGCGAGUGGUUUGCAACCUUUGCUUGCCCUCAAAGGACGAUUAGACAUGCUGCACACACAGUUGGAUAUGAGGCGGAGAAACCAAAAGCGCGCCGCCAACGAUGAUAUGGACGAAGCAGUCAUAUAUGUGGAGGGCGAGGAGGACUCAUCUUCUGCCGAGGACGACUCAGAGGAUGAGGAUGCCGACGACACUGCCACUGGAGGCAGAAAAAGAUUGAGGCGAGGAUCUUUGGGGGACGAUGAUAGCUCCGCCGACGAUAUGCCGACCACAAUGGAAGUGCAUGUCGAUUCAGAGGGUAGCGAAGACUCCGAAGACAUGAUCGAUGACGAAGCUGAGGAGACGGACGACGAUACUGGCGAUGAAGUCUCGGAAGAGAUGGACGAUGGUGACGAAGACGACGAAGACAUCUCUGAAAGCGAGGACGAUUCAAGACCGGCUAGGCGAUCGACCGCAGGCCGUGCUGGUCUUUCCCGGCGGUCGUAA